AUGAAAACUCAGUUUAAUGCUCAAAUCCAGAUUUUUCGCUCCGACAAUGGUGGAGAAUUUGUCAAUCAUGACUUUCAAACUUACUUCCAACAACAUGGAAUUAUCCAUGAGACGACUUGUCCUCAGACACAGCAACAAAAUGAUGUUGCUGAACAAAAGAAUCGACAUCUUCUUGAAACCGCCCGAGCACUUCUGAUUGGCGCUCAUGUUCCUCGCCAUCACUGGGAUGAUGCUAUUGUCACUACAAUUCACCUAAUCAACCGCAUGCCUUCUGGUGUAUUGACCUUUAAAACUCCCUUACAGAAAGGCCACCGUUGUUAUCACCUUCCUACCCGACAUACCUAUGUCACUUUGGAUGUGACCUUUCUGGAAUCUGAGUUGUUCUUCCAUGACCCAUCAUCCAAUUAUACGCUUCAAGGGGAGAUACGAAGUGAAGAGCAGAAUUGGAGCAACUUGGAAAACAAAGAAAUUCUCCUAUGUACAGAAAUGAUUGAUCAUCCCGAGUCUGGAGCACAAGAUUACUCUCUGCCGAAAAGCGACCAAUCGCCCAUUCAUAGCGAUCAAUUACCUGACCCACCUGAUCCAUACGAAGAUAUUUCUUAUCCGAGUCUCACACCUACAGACAAUACAAAACAACAAGAUAAAGACCCUCCCUCUAACUCAACAGUACCAACAGACCAAUCUCCUGAGAAUAUCCUUGAGGUAACUACUCCUACUAGACUUGUGCAUUUAGAGGAUAAAACUAUUGGAUAUCAAUUACCUUUCAGGAAAAAUCGUGGGAAGCCACCAAACCGCUAUUCACCUGAUAUUGGCAAGACAUCCAAGUAUCCAAUUGCAAAUCAUGUGUCCACUGAGAAGCUGUCUGAACCACUCAAGGCUUUUGUGCAUCAGUUGUCCGCUAUCCAUAUUUCAACCAAGGUCUCUGAAGCAUUGAAAGAUCCUAAGUGGGUCCAAGCUAUAAAAGAGGAGAUGAAAGCUCUUGAGAAAAAUCAGACUUUGACAUUGGAGACUAUACCACGAGGAAAAAAGACUAUCGGAUGUAGAUGGGUGUUUACUAUAAAACACAAUGCAGAUGGAUCUAUCGAGCGAUACAAGGCAAGACUUGUGGCAAAAGGGUACACAAAGACCUCUGGUAUAGACUAUGAAAAAACCUUUGCUCCAGUUGCAAAGUUAAACACCGUCAGAGUCUUAUUGUCCCUUGCAGCUAAUUUGGAUUGGCCACUACACCAGUUUGAUGUAAAGAAUGCUUUUCUACAUGGCGAACUCACGGAGGAGGUGUACAUGGACAUUCCUCCUAGUUAUAAUACUACUCAGACUGGAACAAUUUGCAGGUUACGAAAAGCAUUAUAUGGGUUGAAACAGUUACCACGUGCAUGGUUUGGACAGUUCACCAUGGCAAUGAAGAACAAUGGUUUCAAACAGUGCAACUCAGAUCAUACUCUGUUCUUGAAACAUUGGAAAGGGAAGGUAACAACAUUAAUAAUUUAUGUUGAUGAUAUGAUUAUUACUGGGAAUGAUAAACAGGAAAUAUCACAGCUACAAGACUAUCUAGCUACAGAGUUUGAGAUGAAGGAUCUAGGUGGACUCAAGUAUUUCUUGGGAAUUGAGGUGGCUCGAUCGCAACAAGGCAUAUUUCUCUCUCAAAGGAAAUAUGUCUUGGACUUGUUGACAGACACAGGAAUGCUAGAUUGCAAACCUGCGGACACUCCUAUUGUUCAGAAUCAUCAUCUUGGAGAAUAUCCGGAUCAAGUUCCAACUAAUAAAGAAAGAUACCAAGGGUUAGUGGGAAGAUUGAUCUAUUUGUUACAUACUCGACCAGACAUUGCUUAUGCAGUGAGCGUUGUCAGUCAAUUUAUACACUCUCCAAGUGAAGACCACAUGAAUGCAGUUCUUCGGAUACUUAGAUAUUUGAAGUCUGCACCUGGAAAAGGACUUAUGUUCUCAAAGCAUGGUCAUCUAAAUAUUGAUGGUUAUUCAGAUGCAGAUUGGGCAGGUAAUGUAACAGAUAGAAAAUCCACAUCGGGUUACUUCACAUUCGUGGGAGGUAAUUUGGUGACAUGGAGGAGCAAGAAACAGAAUUUGCUUACUGAACUUGGGUAUAAACCUACAUCUACAAUGAAUCUCUUUUGUGACAACAAGGCUGCUAUAGCCAUUGCACAGAAUCCGGUUCAGCAUGAUCGUACUAAACAUGUUGAGGUGGAUCGACACUUCAUCAAACAGAAGCUUGAGGCUAAAGUGUUUCAGUUUCCUUUUGUGAAAUCCGAGGAUCAAUUGGCGGAUAUUUUGACAAAGGCGAUUUCCAGUAAAGCAUUCCACAAUUCACUGGAUCAUUGGGCAUUGGCGACAUCUAUGCACCAACGUGAGGGGGAGUGUUGGCGUGACUUUUCGUCGUUCAUGUUUUCCAACAUCCUUGCUCAAGUGUCGCUGCAUUCUGGCGGUUUAGGUGGACAUUUUGGAAAUGAUAAGACAAUUUCCCUUGUAAGGGACAGGUGUCGUAUAUGCCAAACCAGCAAAGGGAAGAAACAGAAUACUGGGUUAUACAUGCCAUUACCCGUUCCAGAAGCCCCUUGGCAUGAUAUAACUUAUAAGCAUGGACUUUGUAGUUGGUCUGCCAAGAACCCAGCGAGGUAA